AUGGCAACUGCUUUAAGAGAAGCUUUUAUCAAGGCCAAGUCGGAGAAGAGAACGGCGCUCGUGACUUUUGUCACCGCUGGACACCCCACCAUAGAGGAGACAGUCCCAAUCAUGCAGAGUCUGCAGGCAGGUGGUGUAGAUGUGAUUGAACUUGGUGUUCCGUUUUCUGAUCCAAUGGCCGACGGACCAGUGAUCCAGCACUCAAACACCGUCGCUCUGCGCAACGGUGUGACUGUGCGUAUGGUUCUGGACAUGGUGAAGAAGGCCAGAGCUGCUGGAGUGACUGUUCCGGUGGUUUUGAUGGGAUACUAUAAUCCUAUUUUGCAAUACGGCGAGAAGGAGAUGAUCCGUGACUCUCGUCUUGCGGGCGCCAAUGGAUUUAUUGUUGUUGACCUGCCACCAGAGGAAGCACUGAAAUUUAGAGGAUACUGCAAAGACGAGGGCAUGUCAUACGUGCCGUUGGUUGCUCCAUCUACCACCGACGAGAGACUCAAGUUGCUCGGCGACAUUGCCGAUUCAUUCAUAUACGUGGUUUCUCGUAUGGGCACCACAGGUGCCUCCAUCUCUGUGAGCACGUCUGUUGGAAUUCUGGUUGACCGCGUUCGCAAAAUUACUGGAGGCAAGGCUCCGUUGGCUGUUGGGUUCGGAGUUUCCACCAGAGAGCACUUUCUUCAAGUUGGCUCAUCUUCGGACGGUGUUGUGAUCGGCUCAAAGCUGGUCUCGCUGCUAGACGAUUCUCCGGAGGGUGAAAGAGCUGCUACUGCCGAGAAGUAUGUCAGGUCGAUUUUGACCGGAGAAGGUGAAAAUGUUGUUGGUGAGUCGUUGUUCGAGGCGGAGCUCAAUUUGGGCGCAGACGUCACUUUUGACGAGAAGCAUCUCCACAACCCAAGAUUUGGCGAGUACGGAGGACAGUACGUGCCUGAGAUUUUGCAGGCCUGCUUGAGAGAGCUGGAGGAUGGCUUUGAGAGUGCCAUUGCAGACCCAAAAUUCUGGGAGGAGUUCCGCUCCUUGUACGACUACAUUGGCCGGCCGUCGUCUCUACACCGCGCUGACAGACUGACCGAGCAUGUGGGAGGUGCUCAGAUCUGGCUGAAGAGAGAGGAUCUGAACCACACCGGUUCGCACAAAAUUAACAACGCCUUGGCACAAAUAUUGAUUGCCAGACGUCUUGGAAAGAGCGAGAUCAUCGCAGAGACUGGUGCCGGUCAGCACGGAGUUGCCACUGCCACGGCAUGUGCCAAGUUUGGUCUCAAGUGCACUGUUUUCAUGGGAGCAGAGGACGUCAGAAGACAGGCUCUGAACGUUUUCCGGAUGAGGAUUCUGGGAGCCAAGGUUGUUGCCGUUACCAACGGAACAAAGACGCUCAGAGACGCCACCACCGAGGCCUUUAGAUACUGGGUGACCAACCUGUCGAACACGCACUACAUUGUCGGCUCUGCGAUUGGCCCACAUCCAUACCCAAUUUUGGUGAGAACGUUCCAGAGCGUGAUUGGAAACGAGACCAAAGAGCAGUUUAAGAAGAUGAAUAACGGCAGACUGCCAGAUCUGGUUGUUGCCUGUGUUGGUGGAGGGUCCAACUCAACCGGUAUGUUUUCUCCGUUCGAAAAGGACACUGGCGUGAGACUGCUGGGUGUCGAAGCAGGAGGUGAAGGACUUGACACUGACAGACAUUCAGCUACGCUGACGGCAGGAAAGCCUGGUGUUUUCCACGGAGUGAAAACAUACGUUCUGCAGGACAGUGAUGGACAGGUCCACGACACCCACUCUGUCUCUGCUGGUCUGGAUUACCCGGGUGUUGGCCCUGAGUUGUCUGCAUGGAAGGAUACUGGCCGUGUUGAAUUCAUUGCUGCCACCAACGCAGAGGCUUUAGAGGGAUUCAGAUUGCUGUCGCAGUACGAAGGCAUCAUUCCUGCCUUGGAGUCCUCGCACGCCAUUUACGGUGCUGUCCAGGCCGCCAAGAAGAUGUCCAAGGACCAGCAUGUGAUUAUCAACGUUUCGGGCAGGGGCGACAAGGAUGUGCAGAGCGUUGCCGAGGUGCUUCCUAAGCUUGGUCCGCAGAUCGGCUGGGACCUUAGAUUUGAGUCGUUUGACGACGCUAGCAAGUAA